UCUUCCUGUUGCAAUGCUAGUGUUUCUAACACUGCUGCAGAAUAUUAAUUUGUUUUAAAAGGAUUGUUUUCAUUUUGAAAAUUGGUGUUCGGUUUUAUAAAAGCUUGUUUUUACAAGAUUUUAAUUUUGGGCUACAAAUGUCCCUGUUAUCUGGCUGGCCACGUUUUUAUCCACUUAGCAGACCUAUAUAUUUGGUGGAUUUGUCUAGCCAUACUGAGAUUUAUCCUUCAGUAUUAAAGGAACAUUAUCAGCUUCUCUCUCUUGGUAGGAGUCUCUCAGGACCCUGUCCUUGGCCCCUCCUCUUCUCACUGUAUACUCUUGCCCCUCUCAAAUCCAUUCAAAAUGCUGCUGCUAAGAUCAUCUUGGUUCAUUGCUCUGUCACCUGUUCUUUAAGUCCCUCCUCUGGCUUCCCUUCUCUGAGGAGAAAGAGGGCAUUAGGUGUAUUUUUUAAAAAUAAAUAUAUCCUCGUCAGGUUAUGUUUGAUAUUAACCUGCCUAACUGUUAGGUGUUAUAUCAAAGGAGGCUAAGGGUGAAAUUAGCAGAAAGCAAAGGGGUGAUACAGAUAAGAGUCCUGGAGAGAGCUAUUUGUUGGGGAAUACCCCAUAUCUGGCUCUAUCCAGGCUAGAAUGGUUUAUUCUUGCCAAGGCUGAGCAAAGAGAAUCCUAAAUGUAAAAAAAUCUGGCCUCGGGGAGGAGAAGUGUGAAAUGGGUUGUCAACAAAUGAAAUCUGAGGCCUGGUCUACACUACGCGUUUAAACUGAAUUUAGCAGCAUUAAACCGAUUUAACCCUGCACCCGUCCACACAACGAGGACCUUUAUAUCGAUAUAAAGGGCUCUUUAAACUGGUUUCUGUACUCCUCCUUGACAAGAGGAGAAGGCUGAAAGUGGUAUUGCAAUGUCGGAUUAGGAUUAGUAUGGCCGCAAAUCGACGGUAUUGGCCUCCGGGUGGUAGCCCACAGUGCACCAUUGUGACCGCUCUGGAAAGCCAUCUGAAUUCGGAUGCACUGGCCAGGUAGACAGGAAAAGCCCUGCGAACUUUUGAAUUUCAUUUCCUGUUUGGCCAGCGUGGAGAGCUCACCAGCACAGGUGACCACGCAGAGCUCAUCAGCACAGGUAACAAUGCAGUCUCCUGAGAAUCGAAAAAGAGCUCCAGCAUGGACCGCAUGGGAGGUACCGGAUCUGAUCGCUAUAUGGGGAGAGGAUUCCUUGCUAACAGAACUCCGUUCCAAAAGACGAAAUGAAAAAACAUUUGAAAAAAUUUCCAAGGCCAUGACGCAGGGAGGCCACACCAGGGACUCAGUACAGUGCCAUGUGAAAGUUAAGGAGCUCAGACAAGCCUAUCAGAAAACCAAAGAAGCAAACAGAAGGUCCGGGGCAGGGCCGAAAACAUGCCGCUUCUAUGCUGAGCUGCAUGCAAUUCUAGGGGGGUCCGCCACCAGUUCCCCUCCCCUGUCCGUGGAUUCUGAGGUCAGGGUGGUAAUCUCAGCCAUGGCUGAGGAUUCUGCGGACAGGGAAGAUGAGGAGGAGGAAGAGGAGGACGAGCUUGCAGAGAGCACACAGCACUCCGUUCUCCCCAACAGCCAGGAGCUUUUUCUCACCCAGACGGAAUUACCCUCCCAACCCUCCCAAGCCAGUAGCCCAGACAAUGAAGCCAUGGAAGCGACCUCUGCUGCAAAUUUUUCAAGCUUCCCUCCUCCAUCCCGAAGGCUAUCUCAGAUAAGGCGGUGGAAAAAAAAGACGCGAGAUGAAAUGUUCUCAGAAAUCAUGGAAGUGACCCGCAAUGAAAGAGCUCAUCUGAAUGACUGGAAGGAUGUGGUAUCAAAUUACAGGAAAGAUGCCAGUGAACGUGAGGACAGGAGGGACGCUCGAGAUGAGAGGUGGCGGCAGGAAGAUCUGAGGAGGCAUGAUGCAACGCUAGGGCUGCUGCGUGAUCAAACUGACAUCCUCCAACGUCUGAUGGAGCUUCAGGAACAGCAGCAGGUCACAGAGUGCCGCUGCAGCCCCUGUGUAACCACCCUCACCCCUCACCAUGUUCCAUAUCCUCCUAACCCAGACAUGUAAGAACGCGUGGGGGAAGGCUUCGUGCACCCGCCCACUCCACCUCCGUGGACAGCCCAACUAAAAGUCUGUCAUUACUUUGAAAUUUUUUUAGUGGCCUUUUCCUUCCCUCCUAUCCUCCUCCCAAACCACACCUGGGCUACCUUGUCAGUACUCUCCCUCUUUUUAUAAUGACUUAAUAAAGAAUACAUGAUUUUUAAA